ACCCAUCAAAAGUCAUCAUCAAAACAGUAAAAGGGAGAAAGGAAGUAUUAAAGGGGAUGGAAGAUGAGCUCGUGCUGAGAAGCAAUACCACUCCGACAGAUAUACAAUACAAGUAGCUAGCUAAGCUAAUUAAGGUCUCUAGCUCCCGGCCGGCCGGCCAGCUAAUUUGAUCAUCCGUCCAAUGGCUUCCAAGGUAGUUCUCAGACCCAUUGACACAAAACCAAAAACAGCCCCACAAACCACUCCUAUCACCGAUGGCGACCACCAGGGUGUGGUGGUGUUCGGCCAAGGGGAGGCGGCGGAGGAGCCGGCCAGCCCCGCCACACGCUUGUUCCACACAAGAAACCUCAACUGCUUUAUCAUCGCCGUCUUGGGGUGCACCACAAAAAUCAACGUAGAUGUCAUCAAGAAGGGUCUCGAGUGCACCUUGAUUAAUCACCCCCGUUUCUCCAGCAUUAUAAAGUUGGAUGAUAAGAGAGGAAAGAAGAGGUGGGUCCCAAGGAAGGUGAAUGUGGAUAACCACAUUAUAUGCCCGGAUUUGGACCCGGAGAUGCAAUGCCCGGAUGAGUUUGUUGAGAACUACACAUCAAGUUUGACCACAAAGUCAAUGGACAUGUCAAAGCCACUGUGGGACAUCCACAUUCUAAACGUGAAAACCUCAGAGGCAAACUCCAUAGGAAUCCUGAGGAUGCACCAUUCACUAGGGGAUGGCAUUUCACUCAUCUCUUUGUUCCUGGCUUGCACCCGAAAGGCGUCCGACCCGAAUUCGCUGCCCACCAUCCCAUCCGCCAAGAGAACCCGACCCAAAUUAGGGUUCUUUAGGCAAUCAUUUUUGUCGAUGUGGAGGAUUAUGAUGGUGAUCAUAAACACUAUAGUGGAUAUAAUGUUUUUCUUGGCUACACUCAUUUUUCUCAAGGAUACAGACACUCCAUUGAAAGGGAAAAAGAAAGAUGAUGAAUUGUUGAUCAACCCGAGAAGAGUUGUGCAUAGGACCGUAAGUCUUGAUGACAUCAAGCUCAUUAAAAAUGCAAUGAACGUGACCGUGAAUGAUGUAAUCAUGGGGUUAUUACAAGCAGGAAUGUCACGUUAUCUCAACAGAAAAUAUGGCAACAAAAAGGGGAAUCAAAGCAAUGACAAAAACAAUCUACCCAAGAAAGUUCGGCUUAGAGGGGCAAUCAUUUUCAACAUCAGACCAUCAGCAGGAAUAAAGGCACUAGCUGAGAUGAUGGAUAAGAAGUCAAGGGCAAAAUGGGGAAAUAAAAUAGGAUAUGCCCUAACCCCAUUAUUCAUCGGUCUUCAAGAAAACCCGUUGGGAUAUGUCCGCAAAGCAAAAGCCCUAAUUGACCGAAAGAAGCUGUCCAUGGAAUCUAGAUUCUCAUUCUCUGCUGCUCUUCUCAUUCUCAAGCUCUUUGGAAUCAAGGCAGCUGCUGCUUUGACGAACAGAGUUAUAUGUAACACAACAGUACUGGUAUCCAACGUUGUUGGACCCGAAGACGAGAUUUCAUUUUUUGGACAUAGUAUGGUUUUCGCAGCUCCUGCCGUUUACGGGGUGGCACAUUCAUUGACAAUACACUUCCAAAGCUACUGCAACAAGAUGACGAUAUCAAUGGUAGUUGAUCCAGAAGUGAUUCCAGAUCCAUACGAGCUAUGUGAUGACUUGGAAGUGUCCCUCGAGACGUUCAAAGAGGCUGUCAAAAAAGCCACAAAAGAAGUCAUUCUUGAUGAUGCCCUUCCAUAGUUCAUUAUUAGUGAGUAGGGCUCAGUGAUGUACUCAACGGUUUUACUUGAAAGAUUUGCGUGAAAAGAUCUAUUCGUUACAAAAACAAUAUCAUUAUCCCAUUGCCUCCACAACUAUUCCAUGUUGAAAGAUCAUAUAUAUACAUAUAGCAUUAAUGAGUUUUUUUCCCAAAUAG